AUGUCAUCAAUUCAGCCAAUCGACCGGUCGAAUCUACAAAGCUCAUUAGAUGCAUCAUCAAUAUCCGCCGAAGCUUUAAAACCUCCAAAACCUUCUGAAUCCACCCUGAGUUCAGAAUCCGAACAGCAUAGUAUCAAUGAGCACCACAAAAUGGGACUGUCUGGUGCUGUCAGCUUCGUCUGUGGUAACAUAAUUGGCGCUGGUUUGUUCAUCACACCAAGCUUCGUCGUACAGUACACCGGGAGUGUUGGUCUCGCAGCGAUUGUGUGGAUUCUGUCGGCGCUGAUCUCGGUCUUGGGAGCUUAUAGCUAUGUGGAGUUGGGCACCUCCAUCAGGAAGAGUGGGGCUGAUUUUGCUUAUUUGUGCUAUGUUGGGUGGUAAGUUGGGUAUAUCAGAGCAGGGUGGGGGUAAGGUAGGGCAGGGUAGAUCUUGAGUAGGAAAGAGAUUAAUUUUAGGGUAUGGUAAGCAAGGGGUAGAUUUCGAGGACGAAAGGGGUAAAUUUUAGGGUAUGGUAAGCUAGGGGUAGAUUUUGAGUAGAAAUGGGGUACAUUUUAGGAUAUGGUGAGCUAGGGUAGAUUUCGGGCCGGGAGGGGGUGUAUUUAGGAUAAAAAAGGUCAAUUUUGAAGCAAGAGUGGGCGUGGGGAUUUCUUGGUAGGAGGGGGUGUGUUUUUUUAAAUUAAAAGGUAAAAGCGGGUGGGGUAUCCUAUAGGUUUUUCUCCUCCCCUCCCCCCCCCCUUAGCGUCCGGCUCUAAAUGGUAUAUUUCAGUAUAAAGUAGGGGUAGGGUAGGGUAGGGUAGGGUAUGGUAGGGUACGGUACGGUAGAGUACGGUAGGGUAAUGUUUUAUGACAGGUUAUGGUAUAUUAAAGCCUAAUAUCAUCAUUUUUAAGGUUUCCAGCGGCUUUUUCGUUUAUGUCGACCGGCUGUUUGAUGAUGUAUCCAGCGAUUGUGGCAGUCCAAGCCAAGUCUUUCAGCGAAUAUUUAUUUCAAGGGCUUCGAAUAGAAUUUGAAAAUGAGUUUGUUGGUCAUUUGGUCAAAGUUUUUGUCAGUUUUGGACUUGUAUGUGAGUUGUUUGGGUAUAAAGUGUAAUUUUAAGCUUUUUUUAAUUUUUAAUUUUUUUGACUAAGUAUGAUAUUUAACUUUUACAUUUUAGGCUUAAGAUUUAUUUACUUGGCUUUUUAUGUUUUGCUAGGAAUCUUUUUUUUUUUAUUUUAGGCUUACAUUUGAAAUUUAGGCUUAAGUUUAUUAAUUUAACAUUUUUGUGUUUCUUUAAGCUUAUCUUUGAAAUUUCGGGUUUAUUCGUGGACUUUAAGGCUUAAUUUAGAAACUAUAGUCUUUUUUUGUAAAUUUAGGCUUAGAUUUGAUUUUUAGGCUUAUUUAUGUUAUUUUAGGUUUAAAUUUUCAUUUAGGCUUACUUUUGUGUUUUAGGCUUAAUUUUAACGUUUUAGGCUUGGUUUUAAAAUUUUAGGCUAAUUUUUUUACUUUAGGUUUAGAAUUGAUUUUUAAGGCUAAUUUUUUUACGUUAGGCUUAGAAUUUAUUUUAAGGCUUAAUUAUGUUAUUUUAGGUUUAACAUUAACAUUUUAGGCUUAACUUUAACAGUUUAGGCUCUUUUUUUAACGUUAGUCUUAGGUUUGAUUUUAGGCUUAUUUAUGUCAAUGCAAAUUUAAAAUGUUUACUAGGUCUUGUGUUUUACGUUUUUUAUACCCUAGGCUUGAAUUAAUGAUUUUAGGUUUAACUUUUUUUAACUGUAAUGUUUUUUACGGCUUUAGGCUUAAGAGUUUCAAACUUUUAUGCGGUUUAAGUUGAAUUUUAACAUUCUAGGCUUAAUUUAGUCAUUUUAGGCUUAUUUUUGUUAGGGUUAUUAUUUUAGGUCUAAUUUCUCUAUUUGCAGGGUCCAUCUGCGCCCUCAACUUUUUUUCGUUGAAAAAGUUUUCGUCCCAGUUCCAAGUCAUAGCCACGACCGCCAAGAUCCUGGCGGUGGCGUCGAUCGUGCUGGUCGGUUUUUAUUUACUAAUUUUUCGACAAAAAACCGAAAAUUUGAAAAAUCCAUUCGAAACUUCGAAUUUCCAACCCGCCCCACUGGCGUUGGCUUUCUAUCAAGCUUUGUUUGCCUACGAUGGGUGGGACAUUUUGAACUUUGGCAUUGAGGAAAUCGACAGGCCGAGACAGUAAGUUAUAGCGAUUUUAAGGGUUGUAAAGAAAGUUCUUGACAUUUUUUGAUUUGGAAAGAAAGUUCUUGCCAUUUUUUGAUUUGGAAAGAAAGUUUUUUUCAUUUUUUGAUUUGGAAAGAAAGUUCUUGCUAUUUUUUGUUUUGUAAAGAAAUUUCUUGCCAUUUUUUGUUUUGUAAAGAAAGUUUUUGCCCUUUUUUGGCUUUGAAAGAAAGUUCUUGCAUUUUUUGUUUUGUAAAGAAAGUUCUUGCGAUUCUUUGUUUAGUAAAGAAAGUUCUUGCUAUUAUAAUUAAUUUUUCAGAACCAUGCCUCUGGCCAUCUUAUUAGGCAUGAUAAUAGUAGCAGCAACUUUUAUGAUAACAAAUGUUGCAUAUUUUGUGGUUUUACCAGCCUCAGAGAUCAAAGCAUCAACAGCCAUCGCUCAGACCUUUGCACAACAUUCAAUGGGCAAUUUCCAGUAUUUAAUGCCAUUUCUAACUAGUCUAAUGCUGAUCGGAAGCUUAAACAGCACCAUCUUUGCUUCGAGCCGGUAAGUCAUACCCUACCCUACCCUAUUCUACCCUACCCUACCCUAUCCUACCCUGCCCUACCCUACCCUACCCUACCCUACCCUACCUUACCCUACCCUACCCUACCCUACCCUACCUUACCCUACCCUACCCUACCCUACCCUACCCUACCCUACCCUACCCUACCUUACCCUACCCUACUCUAUCCUACCCUACCCUACUCUACCCCACCCUACGUUGACCUGACUUUACCUUUGUACUUACCUAUACCUCUACUCUCUCUCUCUUGUCUUACCGUACUUACAGUACCCUUUAUAACUGUAUUUUAUGUUACUGUGUCUUGGCAUAUUCUCUAUGUUAUGUCUUACUGUAUCUUAUUACGUAUUACUUUAUUCUACUAUACCUAACUUUCAACGUUACCUUAUUCUACCGUACCUGACUUUACUGACCCUAUUUACUUUACCGUACCAUAUCUUUCAAAAAUUCACAGUAUCGUUCUAUAUGUCACAACCCAACAUUAAUACUUAUUACAGAUACCUAUUCGCAGCAGCACGUCACGGUCAUAUGCCAUCGUUCCUAAGUACAGUAAACCUCAAGAGCGGUUCACCACGAGCGGCCAUCGUAUUCCAUUCGUUGCUAGCCUUUGUAUUCGCCUUAAUAGGCGAUAUGAGUACGUUGGUGAACAUGCUGAGUGUCGCACAAUGGCUGCAACGCUUCCUCACUAUGAUGGCGUUACUGUACAUACGGUACAAGUGUCUGCAAGUACAUCCGGAGAGGAUUAGAACCCCGAUCGUAUUGCCAAUUAUUUUUGCUACCAUAUGUAUUACAUUGGUUACUGUAACCUUCGUGUUUUACUUUACUACGGCCGCUGUUGGUUUGGGAUUCUUACUGAGCGCUUUCGUAUUUUACUUUGUGUUUAUGUACGACAAGACAUUGAUGAGAAUCGAUGGGUACCGAGAGUUUUGUAGUACUGUCAAUGGUAAGUUACUGUUUGAUAUAGGGGGGUGGGGAAGGAAUAUGUCAUAAGAUGGGUCAUCGUAUUGAGUUUUAAGAUACGGAAGCGAGUUAUUGUAGAGUGGUAUAAGUUAUGGGGGUGGAUUACGGUAGGUCUUGAGUUACUGUAGAGAGGUAUAUAUUAAGAAUGUGGAUUACGGUAGGUCUUGGGUUACUAUUGAGAUAUAAUUAAAAAGGGUGGGUUACGGUAGCUUUUUGGGUUACUAUAGAGAUGCAAGUAAUGGGGAAAGGGGAGAGGAUUGAAGAACCCAGCGGGGUAGGGUAAGGUAGUGGCGGGUAGGGUAGGGUAGGGUAGAGUAGGGUAUGGUAGGGUAGGGUAGGGUAGGGUAGGGUAGGGUAGGGUAGGGUAGGGCUUUCCAGUUGUAUAUAUUUAAAUUUCAGACAAGACGACCAAGCUCAGUGAGGCAAUCUUCAACGCCAAGGCCCAGAAUGACAAAGAUCACAGCAAAUUUGAUGGUCAUCCAACCAACUCACCAUAG